AAUUUUCAAUUUUUUUAAUUAGAACGUUAUCCCAAAUCACAUACGAUUCUUCUUUCUAAAAUACCAUUCUCAGUAACUCGAAAAAAACCCUAGACCUCUACAGCUCUAGUCCAGUCUCUUGGCAACCACCACCGCCAUGGCCCUCCGCCUCCGCCGCGCUAUCUCCCUCUCAUACUCCCUCCUUCACCACUCCCUUCAUCAGCCCAAACCAGUUUUCUCAAUCUCCUCUCGUAUUCUACAAUAUCCCGUAUCCGCCUCUGGCCCUUCCGCCGCCGUAAACCGCUCAUCCACCCAAUUGACGCGGACUUUCACGUCGACCUCUACACUGUUCGCCAAGGUGUUUGACCCGGAGACCGAAGAAAUCGGGCCCGACACCAUUAUCUUCGAGGGAUGCGAUUAUGAACACUGGCUCAUCACCGUGGAUUUUCCCAAGGAUCCCAAACCUACUCGAGAGCAAAUGAUUGAGACAUAUGUCAAUAUAGCUGCACAAGUUUUUGGCAGUGUGGAGGAGGCAAAGAAGAGAAUAUAUGCAUUAAGCACGACAACUUACGAGGGUUUCCAGGUUAAAUGUUCAGAGGAAACAUCCCACAAGUUUAACGAUGUUCAGGGGGUUGUGUUUGUACUGCCAGACUCGUACAUUGAUCCUGUGAACAAGGAAUACGGAGGAGACAAGUACGUAAAUGGAGAAAUUUUCCCUAGACCACCUCCCGUGCAAUAUGGGAGACACGAUAACAGGAAUAGGCGUGGUAGACAAGAAUACGGGCAGCAGCAGCAGAAUUACGGGCCUCCAGCUCACCAUAAUCAGGGCCCACCUCCCCAGCAGAACUUCAACCGACAACCUCUUCAUAACCAGGGCCCACCACCCCAGCAGAACUACAGGCCCCCUCCACAGCAGGACAUCGGGCCUCAGGCCCGGCAGAACUACAGUUUGCCACCUCAGCAGAACUACAGUACGCCACCUCAGCAGAACUACAGCCUGCCACCUCAGCAAAACUACAGUCCGCCACCACAGCAGAACUACAGUCCGCCACCACAGCAGAACUAUGCGCCACGUGGGCAAGAAGGUUAUGGGCGCCAGAAAAAUUAUGGCCCACAAGGGACUGGGGACCAAAGAAGCUUUAUGCCGCACAGUAAUAAUGGUGCAUACCAGGGAAACUAUGCUGAAGGUCAAGGACAGAAAGAAUUUCAGCAAGAGAAUUUCCGGGCCCACAUGUCUUCCGGGCAGAGUGGGUUUAAUCAGGGUUCUGGCGGAGGUUUUGAACCAGCAGAGAGAAACUUCUCGUCUAGUGGGAAUAAUUAAUCAGGUUGCAUAUCGAGUGCGGUCUUUCCUUAUAAGUUCGAUUUACAGUAUCCCAGAUGAAGAGAUUCUUGGAGCGUCUACAAAACUAUAUCAUUGCUGAGUGAUGGGGAAAAAGACUAUGAAUUUGUACUGUUAUGAUUAAGAGGUUUCAUUGCUUAGUUUAGGUUGGUUAGAAACUGGGAUUGUUUGUUGAACCAUAUGAGCUCACAAACCCUGGUGUUUUUCUAUGUUCAUAACUCGAGUUAUUUAUGUGGCGUCUACAAUUAAUAUCUUAUGAGAUCAUCUGUUCACCUUUAAGUUUAAUCCCAGCUCAGUAGAUUUUUGGUAGCGUUGGCAGCUAGACCACUUCCUGCAUUGGAUCCUUCAUCGGAUACUUAACUUUAUUCGUGUGUUUGGUCGGCAAAGACUAUAAAUCUAAGCGUUACGAAUUUAAGGACUAAUGACUGCUGAACUUAUUGAUAACAAAGACUCUUAAAAAGACAUGUCAAUGGGAUCUGUUUGAAGCCUAGACAAACUCUCUGAUCUUUUGUUGUAUUCUUACACUUGCUCGAUCGUUGUUUCAGUGACAAUCCUCCAAGCACCUCAGUCGCCUAAUGUAUAUGCUUCGC